ACCACCAGCGCGACAUGUUGGCAGGUCACUGAAAAGCUACCUUUUUUACCGUCAUGGGAACUGUGCUGAGUUUCUCGCCUCGAGACCGAAAGCCUCCCAGCUACUCGGAUUACAACCUGUACAGCUAUGAACAGCUGAACAACGCCAAGAACCGACAGGAAGUGGUUAAGGAGAUCAAGAGCAGCAACAACACGCUCAAGAAACACACCCUGUUUAUCAACGCCCUCAGCUGGAAACACUUCAAUGUCUCCUCCAAGAAGAAAGUGGAGAAGACCUCGAGGCCGCCCCUGGAACCUGUGGACCCCAACAAGAACGUUCACAAAUCUCUAUCCUGUUACAACCUAGGCCUCGAGCCUAGCAACAAGGCUAGGCCUGCCAAGCCCUCGGCAGUGCGUCCAGCACCGCCCGCCAAACCGAGCAGUCCUCAACGGAAAACUGUUAUCCAGGCGUCCACUUCGGAACUGCUCCGCUGUCUCGGCGAGUUCCUAAGCCAACGUUGUAAGCGUCUUCGUGACUUCCAGCCCGGCGACGCGGUCCUCUGGUUGAGGACCGUCGAUAGGUCUCUCUUGCUUCAGGGCUGGCAGGACAUUGCGUUUAUCAACCCAGCCAACGUUGUGUUCCUCUAUAUGUUGGUCCGCGAGUUGGUAGACGAAGACGUCAGCAGCGAACGUGAGCUCCAGGCAGUCCUGUUAACCUGUUUGUACCUGUCGUACGCGUACAUGGGCAACGAGAUCUCGUACCCGCUGAAGCCAUUCCUCGUCGACGAGAAUCGGGAUAAGUUCUGGGACCGUUGCCUGCUCAUCAUCAGUACGCUAAGCGGAAAGAUGUUGCGCAUCAACAGUGAGCCCGGGUUCUUCACGCAAGUCUUCACAGAGCUCAAGUCUUGUGCACCCAGGCUUUGCUGAAUGGGACUUGUUUCGUAUCUAGUAUAGAUCGGUGAGGACAGUGAACACAGUUGUGCCAACUUUAAUAGGUGGGUGCAGUUCCGUUCUUGCACGGGGGUCUUGAGGAUCCCAUAAGGGCUGAACAACAUCCAGCUGGAGCUCUUUAAGCUGACGUGGGACCGGAAUUCCAUAUUUGCCAGGAGAAUUUGACUUAGUAUUACCACAGUCUUUAUUUUAAUUACAAAUGGAUGGUCCUCUCUGGCUUUCGAAGUAGUCAUAGUGAUCCGUUUACAGCAAAUUAUGUUACAGCGAUCCGUUUAUAACGAAUUACGUUAUAGCUCAUCAUUUGUAACAAUCUCGUUGUAGCGAUCCGUUUUUGCAAAUUAUCUUAU